CAGCCCGGGGUUGGCUCGUCUCCGGCUCAGCCUGGGGUCAGACUGCCCCCUGCUGCCCGCCCCCUGCCACUGCAGCUCCCCAGCAGGCAGGGCUGCGCCAAUGCCCCAGCACGCCGCUAGGGGGCGCUGGGCUGCAGGCAGCGGGCUGGGGGCUCGGCGGGGGGCGCUGGGCUGCAGGGGGCCGGGAGGCUCAGUGGGGGUCAAUGACCCCUGUGGGGGAGGGCGCCCCCUGGUGCACACCCUGCGCAUUGACCCGGGUGCUGUAAUUUCCGCAGCAGGUUUCCGACGGCGUUGCCGAGUUGCACAAUGAGGAAGUGGCGGCCAGUAACGCCCAGGGGACAAGUUUUGACUCAUCCCAGGAGUUGGGGACGGAUGGUGCCAAAGUCUGAGCUCUGAGGUAGCAGUGUCUGUGCCGGGCCGCUCAGCUCAGCCCCAGCCGGGAGCGGGAAACUGAGGCUCUUUUAAGGCACCUGCCAUCGGAUUGGGGAGUGGGGGAGCUGUCAAUCACGGUGAGAGGGCGGGAUGUAGCUAGAUGCCCCGCCCCAGGUCACUCAUUGCCGGGAGUGGGUGGAGGUCACUGCGUGCGGGGGUCAGUGGGUGGGGUAGGGGAUGUAAGCAGGGCGUGUUCUGAGCUGUGCCAGCGGGGGGCAGUGCCAGACCCACACGCACACACACAACUAGCAGGGAGCAGCACACACACAGACCAGCACACCCACACACACACCCCGCCAUGCCCCAGCCCCUGGCCCUGCCCCUCUGGCUCCUUGCAGCCGCCGCCUGUGCCCGCUAUGCCGGCGCCUUCGGCUUCACCUGGUGCCUGCUGCCCUACGAGCUGCCAGGCUACGCCAGCUGCGCCGGGCGCGGCAUCACCCAGCUGGGCCCGGCCAUCGCCCCGCUGCCCAACUCCACCCUCAGGCUCAACGCCUCCCAGAACGCCCUGCAGGGCCUGGUGCCCGCCACCUUCGCCCACCUGCCCCGCCUGCGGGAGCUGCGGCUCGACCGCAACCACAUCCGCGCCCUGCAGACCGGCGCCUUCCGGGGCCUGCGGGAGCUGGAGCUGCUGGACCUCAGUCAGAACCGGCUGGCGGCCCUGGGCCCCACGGCGCUGGCGGAGCUGACGGGCCUGCGGGUGCUGCUUCUGGGGGGCAACGCCCUGGCCGCCCUCCACCCCACCGCCCUGGCGGCCCAGCCCGGCCUGCAGGAGCUCCACCUGCCCCACAACCAGCUCUCCCGGCUCCAGGAGGUGGCCACGGCCGCCGGGAAAUUGGCCAACCUCUCCGUCCUCGACCUGGACUCCAACCGGAUCUCCGCCCCGUGCCCUGGCCCCGGCCUGCUCUCCAUGCCCUUCCUGCGGGACCUCAACCUGCGGAACAACAGCAUCGCCUGGCUGGAUCUCGCCCGCUGCUCCCUGCCCGGCCUGCGCUCGCUUAACCUGACCCGCAACAACAUGAGCCGACUGGCGGCCGGUUCCUUCCGCGCCGUGCCCGGCCUGGAGAAGCUGAGUUUGGACGAAAACCCCCUCAACAUCUCCCAUCUUCUGGGCCUGCCAUUGCCCAACCUUACAGCCCUGCACUGGUCCAGCAUGCGCCCGGCGCUGGACUCGGACCUGGGGCUGGCCUGCCAGGUCCUGGAGAGCUUGCCGGCGCUGACCAGCCUGGACAUCAAACACUCCAAAGUCCCGCCGUCCCGGCUGGCCCAACUGGGCGCCUGCACCAACCUAACCUGGCUGGACCUGUCCACCACCCCGCUGAGCCGGCUCCAGGGGGGCGUCUUCCGCUUGUUCCCCCACCUGGAGUCCCUCUCGCUGGACAAGUGCAAGGUCCAGGAGCUGAAGCAGAGCGCCUGGGGCGGGUCGCUGCCCCGGCUCCGGGUCCUUGUCCUGCGGCGCAACCACCUCACCAAGCUGGAAGACGGCGUCUUCCGGCCCCUCAGCGCCUUGACCCACCUGGACCUGUCCAGGAACCGCCUGACCUACCUCUACAAGGGGACCUUUCUGGGCAUGGCCUCCCUGAGGACCCUGCUGCUGCAGGGCUGCCAGUUGGCAUCUGUCACCCGUGACACCUUGGUCUACGCCCGCAAGGUGGAGACCCUGGACCUGAGCGACAACAACCUCCGGUACAUCAAGACGUCCGCCUUCCAGAGCCUCCACCAUCUCCACACCUUGCUGCUCUCCAGCAACCGCAUCCUCACCCUCCAGAAAUGGGCCUUCAAGGGGCUCACCUCCCUCCGCCACCUCUCGCUGGCCCAGAACGGGCUCUACAAACUCUCCCAGGGCUCCUUCUUGGGCCUGAAGGCCCUGGAGACCCUGGACCUCAGCCGCAACCGCCUCCUGGCCUACAGCAAGUACGACUCGCCCGCCCCCUUCGCCGGCCUGCCGGCCCUGCGGUGCCUGGAUCUCAGCUCGCAGGAGGCCCGGCCCCCCGUUCGGCUGCCCUCCCAACUCUUCCAAGGGCUGGGGAACCUCCAGGAGCUCAACCUAAGGGACAACCCUGGCGGCGUCUUCCUCAACCUCUCGCUGGCUCCCUUGGCUGGCCUCCUCUCCCUGGAUCUCUCCGACAUUUACCCCAGCCGGGAAGGGCCCUUCAGCCUCCGCCCGGGGCUCUUCCAAGGCCUGGGCAGCCUCCGGCGGCUCGGGCUGGACGGCAGCUCCCUCCGGGACCUGCCCGGCGAGGUCUUCUCCAGCCUGGCCUCCCUGGAGUCGCUCUCGCUGCGGGAGAACGGGCUGCGCAACGUGAGCUGGGCCCCGCUGGCUGGCCUGCCCGCGCUGCGCUUCCUGGACGUGGCCGGGAACCCCUUGGCCUGCUCCUGCGAGAACGCCUGGUUCCAGAACUGGUCGGCGGCGGAGCCGAGGGUCCAGGUGGCCCUGCUGGGCUCCUACCUCUGCCUGGGGCCUGGCGUGAGCGAGGGGCUCUUCCAAGCCCACGAUCUCUCCUUCUGCUGGGCGGACCUGGGCAUCAUCUUCUUUGCGUGGUCGUUCACCGCCACCUUCCUGAUGCUGGCGGGGUCCCUGGCCGGGGCCAAGCUGGGCUGGACCCUGCGCUACGGCUACUACCUGCUGCGGGCCUGGGGCCGGGGCCGGCUGCGGCGGGACCGGCGGGGCUACCAGUACGACGCCUACGUCUCCUGCUGCGCCGAGGACGAGGCCUGGGUGGUGCGGAUGCUGCUGGCCAAGCUGGAGGAGGAAGGGCAGCCCCGGUUCCGGCUCUGCUUCGGGCCCCGCGACUUCGCCCCCGGGGCCUAUUACCUGGACAACGUGCAGCGCGGGGUGAGCAGCAGCCGCAAGGCCCUGUGUCUGCUGAGCGCCCGCGCCCUGGAGAGCGAGUGGUGCUCGCUGGAGAUCCAGCUGGCCUGCUCCCGCACCUACUACCAGGGCCACGACCCGCUGGUCGUCGUCUUCCUCCAGGACAUCCCCAGCUACCGCCUCUCCCCCUACCACCGCCUGCGGAAGCUGGUGAAGCAGCGUAGCUACCUGCACUGGCCGGAGCAGCCCGAGGCCCAGGACGUGUUCUGGACCCAGCUGCGGGAGGCCCUGGGGGACGGCCGGGAAGCCGCGGGGAUGGUUCAGUUCAACGUGGUCGAGUAACCCCAGCCUGGGGCUGCAGGGAGAGAACCACACCCCAGCCUCUUCAGACUCCCCCUCCGCCUGGUGCGGUACGAGGACUAUGACACAGCGGCGAGCGGGGCUUAUUCAGCCAGCAGGGGGCAGUGACACCUGCCGCCGUGUAUGUAGGCGCUCUACAGAAUAAAGCUGGAUUGUUUACUGUG